AUGCUGAAUGCUUUGUUGCUGAGCUGGGCCAUGCUGCAGGGAUUUCCCACCAUCCUGAGUGCCCAGUCUAGUCAGCAAUACCCAGAUGCCAUCGACUCCAGACUGAGAAGGUCAAGCCAAGCUCUGUACCCUGGGCUCUUGCAUUCAGCCCCUGCUACCUCUCUGGGACUCUCAGGCCCUGGUAUACAGCCAGAAUUGGAGCAGAUGGCCUCAGAGCUGGCAGGUGAAUCCCUCAUGCAAGAUACUGAAGCUCUAGCACCUGGGAUGAUGGACCCACAGGACCGUGAAGAGCGCUCCCCACGACGCUGUGUUCGCCUUCUCGAGUCUUGCCUGGGUCACCAGGUUCCCUGCUGCGAUCCAUGCGCAACCUGCUACUGCAGAUUCUUUAAUGCCUUCUGCUACUGCCGCAAGAUCAGCACCAAUUACCCUUGUAGCCGCAACUAGUUUGACAAGGCCAAGGGGCAGUGGGAGGCCAGGGAUGUACAAGCACCAAUAAAGGGUUCCAA